AUGAAUAAUAAUACAGUCUAUACGACUGUGCUUUUGGACAUUGUCUCUAACUACCAGUAUAUUAUAGUAGUAAUAGUAUGCUCUGUAUCAUGGAUAAUCCUUUCUUUAUUGGGAAUAGCUUCAAACAUGAUCAACAUCAUAACUUUCGUGGCUAUGGGACUCAACGAUGGUGUUACUGUAUCUUUUCUGGCUUUAUCCUUCUUCGAUCUGAUGUAUGUCAUUGCUUCGUUCUGUCUUGGCUUAGCUUCAGCUCUUGGGACUGUGGAAGUGUUAACGCUAACACGGUAUGCUGUCGAUCCGUACGGUUUAAGCGUUCUUGUGGCUAACAUCAUGAUCUUGCUGAUUGUAACCAAUGUACUUGCCACGACGUUUAUUGCCGUUGCCCGCUGUAUGUGUGUGGUCAAACCUCUACAGUUCAAGAAUACGUUUACUGUAUUGAGAACUGUAUACUUCAUGGCUGGAUUUGCAAUUUUUGCUGUGGCUAUCUACACUCCAAUUCUUGCCAACAUGGGAAUGGUCACUGGUUUUGAUAACACGACAAAGAGAUAUCGAACAUCGCUGUGGCUGCCACGGCAUAGAGAAGCGAUCAAAAAUGUUAUCUUUGUGAUCAUUGAUUUACUCUUACCUGUUUCAACACAGGUAAUUGUAGUUUUCUGCAUAGUACUUAUGGCCAACAGUCUUCAAGCCUCGUCUAGAUUCAGACAAACUUCAAAAAUACAGACUUGUAACAAAGAAACAUCAAUCAGUUUCAAAGAGAAUGCUUCAGACUCAGACAGACUUUCUGGAAAAGAACGUCGUGUGAUUAACCAGGUUAUAGUAAUUUCUGUGGUAUAUAUUAUUUGUAAUACGCCGAAAAUCCUAAUCAGUGUUGCUAACGUCACCGAAGCAGAAUUUAGAAUUGGUAGAAGAUACCAUAAUUUCUAUUUGGUGAUCAACUUUUUUAGAAAACAUUUAGAGAUUUUUAACGCAACAAUCAAUACUUUUAUUUAUUUUAAAUAUAAUAAUAAAUUUAGGAAUACGGUGGUGUCGAAAUGGAAUUUAUAA